GAAGUUGGGUUAAGUUGAGCGAAUCGCUUUCAGUCGGCGUCCUUUCUGUCAAGGCAAAACUCAGGUAAAUAAUUCCUUUCAACCCAUUUUUAAAGCCUUUGUGCCCUUCCACUUAUCGGUUUCAUGCCUCUGGUCGAUGCUUACUUAUUGUAGUCGGCAUCUUUCACGGCAAUUCGGUUUAAUUUGACUUCUUUAGUUGAACAGUUCACAUCGGCAAGUAAAUCUUGUGGUACCCAAGCUAACCUUAAAAGUGCUUGGCGGUAAACGUGCGGUGCUUACAUUGAACAUUUUUGCAAAUUUACGAUGAGUUCGCGUGUUUAUGUGGGUGGAAUCCCUUACGAAACCCGUGAAAGAGAUCUGGAGACAUUUUUCCGGGGAUUCGGAAGAAUUCGUGAUGUCCUCAUUAAAAAUGGCAGGUACGGUUUUGUGGAGUUCGACGAUUAUCGCGAUGCAGAAGAUGCCGUGUAUGAGCUUCAUGGCAAGAAGCUUUUGGGAAUGCGAGUCAGCGUUGAAAUGGCACGUGGAAGACCUCGCGGGCGCGAUCAGGAAUGGUUCUCUAGUCGAGAUCAUCGCCCCAGACAAGGACCGCCAGUCCGCACCAACUACAGGAUUUUCGUUGAAAAUCUAUCUUCCGGAGUAUCUUGGCAGGAUCUGAAAGACUAUCUCCGACCAGCGGGAGAAGUGACCUUUGCAGAUGCCCAUAAGAAAUAUAAAAAUGAGGGUAUCGUGGAAUUUGCUAGCUACGAUGAUAUGAAAAAUGCAAUUCGAAAGUUUGAUGAUACCGUGCUUAAUGGGCGCCGCAUUAGGCUGGUUGAGGACAAGAGCACUAGACGCUCGCGUUCCCGGAGUCGCUCACGGAGCCGAAGUUCAAGCGCUGAAAGCAGAAAGCGCGACCGUUCUAGAUCCAAGUCUUCUCGAUCACCAUCCAAAAAAGAGAAAAAAGCUUCAUCUCGCUCGCGAUCUCGAGAUCGUUCCAGGUCUCGCAGGUCUGCGUCGCGCCAUGAAUCCAAAGAUAGAAGCAAGAGUCGCUCGUUGUCCAAGAGGAAAUCGGUUAAACGGACAAAGUCACGAAGCAUCAGCGCAUCUCCUGAAAAGCGAUUUAAGGGCAAGUCUGUAUCACGCUCAAGAUCUCGUUCAAAGCAUGAAUCCAGAUCAAAAUCCCGCUCUCGAUCCAAGAGCCCACUAGACAAGAAGGCAUCACGAAGUCGCAGCCGGUCCCGUUCUUAAUGACCCUGCGUUCCAAGCAAAGUAGUUUGUAUCUUCGAUAUAAUCAUUUUCUACCGUCGUUUUUCAGUUUUUUUGUUGUUACGUUUUUUUUGUGAGAACUAUCGCCAAUUGCAAUAUACUUGGUUAGUGCCACAAUGUUCCAGUUUACAAUGAGUUCGCUGUUUCACUUCGUUCUUCACUCAGUUUCUAUUUAACUAGUUUUUUUUUAAAUAACAUUUAAAGUUGUUUUUUUUCUCAAUUUUAUUUUCGAUAUUGAUGGGUAAAUGCGUACAAUGGUUAAAUACUUUACUCGCAUUACAAAACUGCUUGUUGAUACAAAGGUUGAUUAUUUAACUUGUGUAUAAUGAAUUCCUUAGUAUAUAGUAUGGCUUCAUAUUUGUAUUACUAGUUACUAUGAUAAUAUUUUUUUGAUGAUAGUCAAGGGGCAACCACCUCAUGAGUAAAGCAACCAUGUAAGCAAAUGGGAGCCCCUCAGUCUUAGCUCCUGGGCUGAUUAAUGGAAACCACCCAUUAUAGUUCCAAGCAAAUGCGACAGGCCAAUGUGAUUUAAAGCCAGUCGUGUCAAAAUAGCCAAACAACCCGCACACAGCCGUACAGUUUUACCAAUAAAGAUUCUCGUUCAAAAUAGCCAUACAGCCUUACGCAAUCAUGACAGAUAAGCAUUACAGCCCGUUCGCAAACCCACAACAAUACAGCCUCUCAUCGUGUAACCGUACAGCCAGUGCAGUGACAAAAACCGUUGAAAAGUUGCAAUUCAGCGUCGCACUGACAGUACAGCCACACAUUCUGCCAUGUCUGUAUGAGUAAGGUUUUUAUUGGGGGGAAGGGAACUUAGUAUUUUUUAUUUCACAUAAUAGUUCAGUUCUGUUCAUUUUCUAUAAUUUUAUACUCAUUUUAUUACUACGAAUCGAAAAGUUUACAAUUUUAUUGUAGAUAGAGUAUAUGUUCAAAUAUUUGAGAUUUUAAGAUUUAAUUCAGUAUCAUCAGUAAUAAUUUUAAAUUUUACUUCAUAUAGCCCGAUAAUUUUACAAGGAGUACUAAAUCAAUCAACAAAUGGAGUCGCUGUUGAAUUUAGAGAAAAAUGAGGGACAUUUCUGCGAAUGUUCAACACCUUGGAAAAAGUACUUCAGCUAAUUUUUCCAUAUUUUCUUCAUACAUUUGCCACAAAUCUAUUGGCAAAUCUAAUUUCCGAUGUGUGGGUUUUUUUAUUUCACACAAAUUUAUUUCUGUUGAUGUUUUUUUCAGCACUUUAAAGUGGUUUAUUUAUCAUUUUCCAUCACGUCUUAGAUCGUGAUUUGAUCGCAACUAUCUUAUAUGUUGUUGCUCCAAGCUCAAAAAGCUGCAUUAUUUCGGUAAUAUAGUUCUGCUCCUGAUAAAGUUCUGGUCAGUGUUUGGUGUUAUUUGUCUAGAAAAAGGGUUUGUUACUGCUCUUCUGUGUUGAUACCCGCAGUAUAUUUGACUACAAACAGGCACACAUUCUUCGUGUCUCAACUAAUGUUUUCCUUGCCUUUGCCGACUGAUUAUUAGAUUGGUGCCGUAUACAAUCCGCAUUAAAUGCGACAUUGGGAAGGGAAUAUUCCUCCUCACUGAUGUUGAAUUUGGUUUCCGUCAAUGAUAUUUUUUUGCUUUGGUUCUUUGUAUGUUUCUCAAGUCUCGCAGUUCAUCCGAAUCCAAAUAAAUUUGCUGAUGAAUAUUCAAAUGUAGAUAAAUCUAGAGUAUUAUUUUUUACUAGGUACUUUCGUGCUCCAGGUAUGCUUGCGUGUAUAUUACAACAUUUGUGUGUCUUCAGAAUUUAAUUAAUAUUUAGAUUCCAGAUGUCCUAGGACAGGAAGGUGCUGCAAGAGUACUUUGUGGUUCACAAUGUUUAUUGGUCCACGUUCCACAUCAGGUUUUUAAAAGAGAUUGAACAAGUUAUGGUAAUUUUUUAAUUAUGUUCUUGUCACGAUUUGCAUGACUUCUCUAUUUUCAAGUCACUUUCUGUUUUAUUGCUUCCACUGGCUUAUUAUUGAGCAUGCGAACGAAUUCUCUUUGCCAAAUUUACUUCGCAGUUAUUAUUGUUUUGCGUUUUAAACUAUUUUAACAUUACGUCUAUUUUUAUAGUUUUUUGUAUUCUGCUAUAGUGGGACUUGUUUGUACUUUUUAAUACUGUAUCGUAUUACUUUGGAAGAGUUUUAAAAUAUAUUUUGAAACAAAUAUGUGAUGAAAUUUACUUAUCAGGACUUAUUUUGAUAUCGAAAUUCCAAAACUUCUGAUGCAUUUCCAUCCAGGAAAGAUAGAGAGCAAGUGACGCUCUGGAUAUCGACGUACUUUUUCCAAUUUUCACUAAAAAUGUAAAUAAAUGAUUUUUUUACCUCUA